UCCUUGAUCUUAAAUCCCUGCAGAGUUUCCCACAGCAUCAAACUGAAGGAAGAGAGGGAGGAUACCACACUGCAGGUGUGGAGCAUUAACGACAAAAGUGCUGGACCAACAGAAGUGAGCGGAGGCCAAACUGAACCAAACCAUCGGAGAAGAGGCACGGACAUAAUGUCAGCUCACUCCAGAGUCGUCAACAAGAGGAGGGAGACAAUCACAGCUCUGCCUCUGUACUACUCUGGACAACUGCUGAAGAAAAACACCAGUGAGAAGGAUUUCAAGAGUUACUAUGGAGAGCUCCGUGGAGCCACGCUGUUUCUGUACGACGAUGAAUCCAAGGAUACAUACAUAGAGAAGCUGGACCUGGAGCAGCUGACGUCCAUGGUGUCAAAUUGUCCGUAUCACAGGCAGACGCCGACCAUCUUCACUCUCAGCCUGCGCACAGAGGAGGUGCAGCUGAAGAUGGACAAUCCUUACACAGGAGAGGAGUGGAGGGCUUACAUCCUGACUAUGGUCAAAAAGAAGAUCCCCGGUGACCUCCAGCUGCUGCCUGGACCGAUGAUCCUGCUGCUCGACGCUCUGGCGAGGGAGAAAGCUCGAAACUCCACCGAGUCACACCCACCGCUCCCGCCCCGACCAUCCUUCCUCCCUUCUACCACAUCCUCACCCUCCUCCCAACCAGCUGAUGACCAUCCAGACUACAUCCCCCCUGACCAGCCUGCGUGCUUCUUCGAUGUGACGCGGCAGGAGGCGGAGAGGAUGCUGGAGGCCAACCCGGAGUACGGAGGCAUCAUCCUCCGCCCGUCCAGCCUCAACAACAUCUACGCUGUGACCAUCAGACAACUGACACCCAGAGGGCCUGUGAUGAAGAACUACAGAGUGGCCUGCACAAACUCAGGGUAUGCCAUCGAACUCCUCACACCAGUGACAGUCUCCUCCAUUGAUGAAGUAUUGAAAUUCUUCAUUGAAAAGUCACAGAGCCGUCCCUACGAGACAUCUGAGCCCUACGACUUCCUCAUUGAGGUUCCACCUGCUCCAAAGUGCAUCAGCAUCACCUCACCUAAACCAAAAACAGUACCCAAGGCAGAAGUGGCGCCAAUGCUGCGCCCGCAAAUCCAGAAGGAGCGCAAGCUUUUUCUAAUUAAGCCAGAGGAGAAUGAAUAUGUGGUUCCUGAGGAUCACUCGUCUGAUUACCAGAACCUACGUCUGGAGACUCAGGCCUAUAACACCUACCUAUAAAGUGGCAGCCAGGAAUACGUAAUUUACCCUCCACACCCGACAUUGAACGGAGCAAACUGCGGAGAAGUUCUUGAAGAUGGAUGACAUUAAAUUAAUAAUUGAAGUGGAGAAGUACAGUCAGCUGUAUGAUCCUCAGCACAAAUGAGACAAAAAUACAAACGUUGGGACGCUUUUGCAGUUAAUGUUGGAGCAACAAGUAAGUAUAUGCUUGAAAAAAAUGAUUAAAUGCGGUUUUUACUGCAGGCUGAUAACAGAAAAAGUAUAUGGUAUUAUUGGCGCUGCGCAGCGCUUCAGCAGCGCAGAGUAGGACUACACACACCACAAACACACACACAGUUCGAGGAAGUUAAAAAAAUGCACGAGAGGACGGAAAGAGUGGAGUUGCCUGUGUGACGGUCUCUGUUUGCACUGCUGCUUUCUUCAUUCACUUCACUUGACUCAGGCUUAGUGAAACAGUUUAACUUUAUUUUUCUGUAACAUAUAACGGGACACAGUCACAGUUAUCUACAAAAGAAAAGUUGCAUAUUACUAAACAAGUUUCAUACACUAAAAUAACCAUUAGAAACUAACUAAAACAAUAACAGACAGAGCGACACAACUUACUCAGAACGGGGGAAUCUACUUCUGAGAUAAUAAAGGGUGUGCUGCUACACUAAUCCCCAGAAGUUCCGGCUGUGGGCCUUCAAAAUAAGACAAACACGGCAAAAUAAAAGAAAUACAGUGCAGCCAGCGCUGAGCGAGGGUGGCAGCCAGCGGACCCUUGUUUCGCUGGAUCCGUUUGAUCAUCUCCAAGGCAGAAUUCCACCGGGUGGCAACAUCUUGAACUAGCAAUCCUUCCUUGUGCAGUUUGCUGUGCUUUCAUUCAGACGGGACUUAUCUUUUUACGGGCUGUGUUUGAAGUGCGUCGAGGAAUUCCUCCGCAGUUUUCCGCUGUAUAAAUCGCCACUCUGUUUUUUUUAAUUCCAAUGCAAAAGAUCUAAAUUUCCAUACAUAGUCAAUAAAAUAAGCUGUGACACCGAGGUAAUUGUCAUUGCUGAGUGACGCCCAGUGGUCACCGGUGAGGGCGAUGCUGGCAGCUUGCUGGAGGAGCUGAAUUUUCUUCAGCACACCGGAUGUAAACGAAGCCGCAUUAACUGCGUUAAAAUAUUUUAUCGCAUUAAUCUAGGUCACAAUAAUCUCAUAGAUUAACGCAUUAACUUUGACAGCCCUAAUAAAUAUGUAUGCUGUUGUUAUAUGUGCAGCUUUCAACUUCUUCAAUAUUCCAUGCGGGAUCAAAUACAUACUUUGCGUUAAUCCAUUUUGUAGAUUUAAGUGUAUUUGAAGAUUCUACUAAAGGGACUGUCAGCUAAUCUGAGUCAAUAGACCCUCUAGGGACCAGGAAUAUCUGCUGCACCUAUCAUGAAAGAAAAUUACAUAAUUAAUUAUGAGUAAAAAAAUAUUCCAGGGGGGAAAAUAGACAAUCCAGCAUAGUGAUCUUAUAUAGCUAUAGUGAAGCUUAUACUUUACAGCAAAUAACACAAUUAAAACAACAGAAUCUAAACCUGGUCAGAUCUGGUUAGUUUGAGACCUCUUCUUCAAAACCGCAGACAAUUCGCAGAUACAAGAUUUUUACGUGAAACUGAAUAUCAUUGUUGUUAUAAUUUGCCUUCGAUAAAAUGUACAAACUAUUGUAUCAAAAAUGUGUGUCACUGGUCUUUGCGUCAGAUCACAAUGUUUGUUACUGAAGUGAAAAAACUGUGAAACUAUAAUAAGAUCACGUGUCAGAUACACAUGGAUCUUCUGCUUCCUUCUUUGUUCAUGAACAUUAAAGAAAAAGGAAAUAACAAUA